CUGAAUAUAAUUUACCUUUACUUUUUCAAAAAUUACCCUGAAUGCUGCACUUUUCCAGAAUUACCAUAUCGAUUGAUAUGUUAUCAGUGGAUUUGGUAAAGACAUUUCUUGUUUGUGUGUUAUCAUUGGCUCUCUUUGGCUGCUGAUAUAUUCUGUGGAUUUUCGCACGUAUGCACAAAAAUUCGGUGAAGGCCGAAAAUAUUGACUUAGUAAGUGCUGCUUACUCCAGUGUUAAGAACUUUUUCAAUCGUGCAUUGCUCAGGACAGAUCAAUUUCAAGUGAAUUCAUCAAGAUGGUGAGUAAAUUAUCCUGGACUUUCCCCCUUUUCGUCAUCUGUGCUGAUAAUUUUCUUCCAUCGCAGAUGCGUCAAUUUGUCCGUGGAAUGGCAGAUUUGCGCCCCAUAAGCCACCGCCCGGCCUUUGGGUUCUCAUGGAAGGGAAUGAAACACCAUAAAGCGGUUCUCCCCCUAGUCAUCCUGAUUAGCGCCACGAUGGUUGGAAUGAGUGGCUUUAUCAUCCACUGUGCCCAGACACGUGAUAAUUUGGUAUUCCGAAAGUCAUCAUUGCCCCACUGGCAAACGAUGAAUCUGGAAAAUCCACGACCUCUCAAGAUGCGUGUCGUUGGCCAGGAAUAUGCACCCAUGACUGAACUAGCAGCCCUCUACAAGGAUAUGUCACAGAGCACAGAGGAAGAAAAGACCGACGAGGCUGUUGCUGAUCAGGAGUAGAAUCCUUAAGAGGUAGGGCAGUGAUGUAGAAAAUGGAAUGAUAGAUGAGGAAAUUGUGUAGGUUGUCAAUUUAGUGAAAUUUCACCAUAGACCUUAUCACUCUUGAUAAAAUAAUAAAAAUAUUUCCUUCACACGAAA